AAAACUAAACAUUAAUAGAUGUAGAUAUAGCAUAAGAGAACUUGCUCUAUGAUUUAGAUUAGUGUAGUUGAAGAAUUUGACUGCUUUGAUAAAAUUACAUGUAAAUUAGUGCUAGUUAGCCAUUACGUGACGUUCAAAUAGAACAGGAUUAAAUUAAGAAAUAUGUCCACUAAUAUUGUAACCUCACACUUGGAGACUGAUGUAACGGCAGAGGGCAAAGAAGGUCCCAUUUCCAAAUCAACUUACAAAUGGAAACUCGUAUGGUCACACGUAUUCAUUAUGGUAUUCAUAUAUGCUGGUGGGUUAUAUGGAUUGUAUCUAUUUCUUUUUUAUUGUUCAUGGAAAACGUGCCUCUGGACCUACAUAUAUGGAACCAUAUCCCUUCAAGGUGUUACAGCAGGAACACAUCGAUUGUGGUCGCAUAGAUCGUAUAAAGCAAAGUUGCCAUUAAGGAUAAUUUUAAUGAUCUGUCAAUCGAUCGCAUUCCAAGGUCACAUUUACAGUUGGGCAAGAAAUCAUAGAGCACAUCAUAAAUUCUCAGAUACGGAUGCCGAUCCUCACAACGCGAAGCGUGGUUUCUUUUUUUCUCACGUUGGAUGGCUGCUGGUCGUCAAACAUGAAGAUUUUAUAAACAAAAGAAAGACAAUAUUUGUGGAUGAUUUAGAGUCGGACGCAGUUGUUCAAUUCCAAAGAAAGCACUAUUUCUUUUUGGUCAUCCUUCUAUGUUACAUAAUACCGACUAUUGUACCUUGGUAUUUCUGGAACGAAUCGCUUUCUAUAUCAUGGUACACAGCAGCGAUGUUCAGACACUGCGUUUCCCUAAACGCCAUAUACUGUGUGAAUAGCAUUGCACAUCUGUUUGGUACAAAACCGUACGACAAGAAAAUAGGUGCUGUUGAAAAUUCCCUUAUAUCAGUGGUCACGAAUGGAGAAGGAUGGCAUAAUUACCAUCACGUAUUUCCGUGGGAUUAUAAAACAUCCGAGUUCGGAAAUUCUCGCCUCAACCAAACUACAAUGUUUAUCAACUUUUUUGCGAAAAUUGGAUGGGCUUACGAUCUAAAAACGGUGGCGAAGGAACUAAUUGAAAGAAAAGCAAUACGGAGCGGCGAUGGAUCUAAAUUUAAUUUUGAGAAUCAACACAAUAGUAAGGCUGUUUGGGGCUGGGGAGAUUCCGAAAUGAAAACCGAAGACAUUGAGGAAGUAAAAAAGUACAAUAAAUUAAUAGAGUUUUAACACUAUCUUAUCAUUUAUUAUUUUUCUUUGUUUUUAAUUUUAGUUAUAACUGUUAAAUAAUGUUUGUUCGCUAAAUUACCAAAAGUAAAAGGUCUUUCUGUAAAUUCAUGCGGCACUCGAGAAAAAUUCGCGCUAAGAACAACGGAGUAGUAUUUCCAUAUUUCCCUACGUAUGUAAUACCACAGAUCACGGUAUAUCUGUGGUAAUACGAUACCUCAUGAAUUUACAAAACGGUUAACUACACUAACAAA